ACCAAGCAAAGUAUUCAGUCUGACCAUGUGAACGUAUUCUGUAUUCAAUGUGACUGUCAAAAUAGCAUUGUUUACAAAAAAGCGAUAUCGCUGUGGAAUUAUUGAAAACAAAGAUCGAGGCGUAGACAGGGCAGGCUCUCGAAAACUGAACAUUCUUUUGCCUGAUUUUCCGAAAGAGAAGGAAGAGAAGGCCUUAUCGGAUUUUGUGCAUCUGCUCUGAAACCGGCAGUGGGGCUGAUGCGCCAUAAAAGAAAUGGCUCUUUCUAAUGUUAUAAUACUCAGCCAAAUCGUUGGCCAUGUGUUUGCAUUCAUUCUUUCGAUGUGUAUCUUCAUUCCACUCGCGAUUCACGUUCGGUCAUUUGACGGGCACUGCUUACUGUUUACCACCGGUACAUGGCAAGAAAAGGAUGGUCUUUUCGAUGUAAAGUGGGCAUCGGAAGCAUACUGUAACUAUCCCAUCGUCGUCGGUGUUUGCUUGUUCAUCAUUGCCGGAGUCCAAAUCUACAGGAUGGCUUUAUUGGCGUACCGCGAACUUGAGAGUUCCUUCUUGGGAUUAUUUUUCGACGUGGUUUUUAGCAUUUCGCUCUGUACGAUGACUCUAAUUGCCGCUAUCACUAUCACUCUUGGUUUCAUGGCUUGGUGCGGUGAAAUGACUGCGCGUUUUCCAUCGUGUGACAUAGCAGAUGGACAGAAUAUAACGAACGUCGAACUCAACAUUCAAACUUCCGGUUUCUACAUUGAAAUGGGCACGGCACAAUUUGGUGCAUGGGCAUCAUUCGCGACCUGGGUAGGUUUGUCAGUUUUUUCAUUACUAAAGCUUAUCAACAACCAUCAGGUUCGCAAUAUUCGCGUUUCGAUGUACAUCGAACGGCAACGCUUGGUAAACGAAGAAGUUUAUCGUAAUACCACAUCCGAACUCCCAUCUGGAGCGCUGAGUGAUAACUAAACGUACAAUACUGUUUUUUUGCUUUCCGUGUAACACGAACCAGUACGACUGGCUGUCCAGAAGAACGAAAGUAAUGCAAAUUAAUAUCGAAUAAGAACAUCAAUUAAGAUAUUGUUUCCUUAUAUUACUGUCAUUGUAUUUCGUGUAUACAGCUUUAUUUUUAAAUUUCUAUGUUCGUAUACUGUUAUCGCACAUUUAUUAAAUUUAUUCAGCGAAGCGAAAUUCCAUUACUCUCUUGCACUAUGGUGGAAAAGUGAAAUACAUAACUAUAGUAGGAAAUAAAUAAAAUAACAAAAAAGAA